AAAACAUCAUGCCGAGGCGGUGGACUCCGGUCACUCCUGUUACCUUCCGCUUACGCCUGCCAGCUACCUGGAAGAUUCACAACGCCUUCCAUGUCCAGCUUCUGAAGCCCUACCGGGAUCCUAACACGAUCUUCGUGGGACACCAGCCACCGCCGCCGCCGCCCGUCCUCGUCCAGAACGAACCCGAGUACGAGGUCGAGUCCGUGCUUGCACAUCGUCGACGUCGGAAUGGCACCGUGGAGCUUCUUAUUCGUUGGAAGGGCUAUGAUCCUUCUGAGGACAGCUGGGUCUCUGAAACCGACAUGGGUAACGCCCGUCGUCCUCUGCAUGACUACUUUGUCAAGCAGGGUGUUACUUCUACCACCCAGCUUUGAGGGGGGGAAGUGUGAGAGUACGACCC